AUGGCCAAAGAAAUAGCGACUAAGAUUGAAGAGCUAGUCGAGGAGAUCAAGGAGAAAUACAAGCAUCAUAGACCACCAUGGACAGAUCAAACAAGUAGACCACCAUGGACAGAUCAAACAAGUAGACCACCAUGGACAGAUCAAACAAGUAGACCAACAUGGACAGAUCAAACAGGUACACCACUAUGGACAGAUCAAACAAGUAGACCAACAUGGACAGAUCAAACAAGUAGACCAACAUGGACAGAUCAAACAGGUACACCACUAUGGACAGAUCAAACAAGUAGACCAACAUGGACAGAUCAAACAAGUAGACCAACAUGGACAGAUCAAACAGGUACACCACCAUGGACAGAUCAAACAAGUAGACCACCAUGGGCAGAUCAAACAAGUAGACCAACAUGGACAGAUCAAACAAGUAGACCAACAUGGACAGAUCAAACAGGUACACCACCAUGGACAGAUCAAACAAGUAGACCACCAUGGACAGAUCAAACAAGUAGACCACUAUGGACAGAUCAAACAAGUAGACCACCAUGGACAGAUCAAACAAGUAGACCACAAUGGACAGAUCAAACAAGUCGACCAUCAUGGACAGAUCAAACAAGUAGACCACCAUGGACAGAUAAAACAAAUAGACCACCAUGGACAGAUCAAACAAGUAGACCACCAUGGACAGAUCAAACAAGUAGACCACCAUGGACAGAUCAAACAAGAGACCACUACAGACAGAUCAAACAAAUAGACCACCAUGGACAGAUCAAACAAGUAGACCACCAUGGACAGAUCAAACAAGAGACCACUACAGACAGAUCAAACAAAUAG